UGCUCAUCCUUAUCUGUCUGGCUUUCAAACAGUUCGAAGACUCCCCAGUUCAAAGGAGAAAUUAUAGAGUAAUAAACGGGCGCGUGCUGGAGAUUAACCUCCAUAAAUAAGGUUUAUGGAUAAAUUAAGGGCGGUGUUGAGCGGCCGAGACGGAAACAGUGACAGCACACCGAAUAUCAUCGAGGCAGCGAAUGAAGCCUCCACAUUGUCAUGGAGGACGAGGGUGAGAGGAUUCGCUGUCUGCAUGGGCAUCGGGAUCUUCUGCUCGAUCCUGGGUGUGUGCUGCCUGUUCAUCCCCAAGAUAGGAAUCAUCUUCUUCAUCGUCUUCUACACGUUCGGCAACAUCACCUCCUUAGCCAGCACCAUGUUUCUGAUGGGACCAGUAAAGCAGCUGAAGAGGAUGUUUGACAAAACCAGAGUUGUCGCGACAGUGGUCAUGCUGGUGUGCCUGGUGCUGACGCUGUGUGCAGCAUUUUGGUGGAAGAUUUUCGCACUGACGUUGGUGUUUGUCAUCUUGCAAGUCAUUGCGUUUACUUGGUACGGACUCUCGUACAUCCCUUUUGCAAGAGAUGCCAUCAUAAAGUUUUUUACCACGAUGUGCAAAAUGUGUAUAAAAUAAGAGCACGAUGGACUUUCCCUAAGGAUUCUUCUUUACAAGUUCGACCCAGGACCUGUGACUCUAGUCCCUAAUAUGCUGAUAACUCCUGAUAUAUGCUCCUCUGGUUUCAAUAUUUUAUCUUUUUAAAGGUGAUAAUAUAAGAAAAAUGAUUGUGUUUGGAAUCGUCAUCGUAUUCUGUAAAUCCCAUGAACUGAAAAUUGUGUUAAACAAUGUAUUUAUGUUUUAGUUCUGUUCUAAUUUUUUUUGUAGUCGUCCUCAGCUUUGUGAGAUUUAAAUAUAUCACCAGUGUUUAACUAAUGCACUAAACGAUGUGCGCUUGGUAAAAUUCUGCUGUGCGAUACUGUAAAAGCAUACAAACAAAACAAACAUAAAAAAUGCAUCUUUAUUUUAUGUUACAAUGGUGUUACACUGGUACCGUUUUAGCCUAAGAGACUGGGCUUGGCCUAGCUAGGUAACAGUGAUAGAAACUUUAAUGCAUGCUUAUUUAAAAUAAAAAUGUGCAUGUGAAAUGUCUACUAAUCAAAUGUGUAAAUAAAUGAUCUUUAUUUAA